AUGAAUGAGUUGCAGCCCAACACGGUCGCUUUGGAAAAGUCCAACCUAGGUUCCCUUCGUGAGAUCGAGCAUAAGGAUCAAUAUGGAAAUGUCAUCACCGAUCCCGACCUGUCAAACCCCACCCGGCCACGUUUGGAGCGCCCGUUAGAUACCAUCCGAUCAUUCGAGGCCGCCAUCUAUGGUGCCUACAGUAACAACCGUGGUUCGUACGCCAGGACAGAAGAUGCCGCUUCACAAAUGGGAGACUUUAGUCGCCGAACAAGCUACCACGGCGGCCAAAAUGGAAACGGCUACGGCAAUGGCUACGGAAAUCGAUACGAUCAGAACUACAGCCAGGCUCAAUCUCGCCCAGACAGCAUCAUAAACGGCUAUCAGAACAACCCCCAAUCCCCCGAAACCCCGAACCCAUACCCUUACAACCAGCAGAAUGGAAAUGGAAAUGGAUACGGAAAUGGCCGCCGACGCUACCCCCGCACACCAUCCUACCCAGUCACCCCCGCCUCCCCAACAGACUACCCAAACCACAACGCCCAAGCCAACGGCUACAACGGCUACCAACCAAACGGCUACUUCGAAAACGUCGCCUCAAACUCCAACUCCGGCACAGACCCCUACGGCCAAUCCACAGACCCCAGCUCCCUCAACAGCUCAAAUGACCAAUUGCAGCAGCAGGCUCUGCAGCAACAGCGUCUGGACGAGCGCGCCCAGGCCGAAUACGGCUUCAGCGGCUCCGCGAAUCAGAAAAUCGCUCAGCCUGAACCUUCUUGGGCGCCUGCUUCCGGGUCCGCUCAACCUCAACCUCAGCCUCAGCAGACUGCACAGAAACCGAAUGUCGUCCGCCAGGAUACGGGUCAGUCUGUUAAGGGCGAUAAGAGGAAGAGUUGGUUCAAGCGCCGGUUCAGUAAGGAUUGA